UGUACCAUCGCGUGGUCGCGAAUUCUCCUCCAGUCAAACCAAAACAUGGUGCAACCGCCUCGCAGAAAAUGCACGAUAUAUCUCGACUUUAAAGUUUGCAGUUUAGUAAUGCAACAAACACCAUGAAAGCUUAAUAUUUUUUUCAAAUUAGGCGUAUUUUUAUGAGGAUUGAGGGUGAUGUUUGGGGGCAGGCGGACUAUAAUUUUUGUGCUUUUGUCGCUCGGAGCAAGCACAUUGCUUUGGGUGAGCGCGGCUUAUUUCCGAAGAAAACGAAGACAGCGACUUUCACUAAAUUCCUCCAAAGAUGAUGGACAAGGAAACAAAAUUUCCGGUCGAGGGUCAAAAUCUCGCUCAGCUAACUUGGAUGCCAUCGAAAGGUUACGUGCCGGGAGUGCUCUUACUCGUGCAUCUUGUCUUGAAAGUUCAAAAUUUGCCACAGAUGACGGUAAGCUGUCUGAGGAUAGUGGUGCAGUGGAUCUGCAGUGUUCCAGUGAGGAUGAACAGCUUAUUCAGCAUCUCAUCACAAAAGGAGUAAAGGAUUUUGAAGCAGCUGUAGAGCACUGGAACACGGCGGCAGACCACAUUAUACAGCAGCAGCAAGCAUCCACAAUAGUCGACGGAGAAAUCCAAAUUCAUGAGAAAACACAUCAGGAAAUUACCCUUAGUACACUGCUCAGUAACGCCCAGCGGCUGCGUAUGGCUAUUGUUCUACAAGGCUUGGCCCCUAAUGAGGCCUUUGCCAUCACACCCCAGCGAGUCAUGGGAUGGGUAGAGGAGGAGACGUUCCAGGCUGAAGAGGGGAACCCUGAUGCCGACUCCGAUGCUGAUUCAUUUGUUUCUGCAUCAGAAUCUGCUGCCCUUGAGUAUGAUGACCUUAUUGAUGACAAGUUUAUUCGAGAAUCAGAACAGUUAAGGAUGUUCAGACAAACCAUAAUCAAAGCUGCAGGCAGCCACAGCCACUUGGAGUUGUAUGUGACAGGGCUGGAGCACUAUGCAAGGUGUGACGUUGAGUGCAGGAAAAUGAGGACUGCUGAAGUGGGUUGUGAUAGUGACAUGGAGUUUCUUGCCAAGGUCUAUUGCCUGAGACAAGCAUCUGAGCUUGCCUUUUCCUCAAGAGACAACUGCACAUGGUUUGCAAACAGUGGUCGCUUUCUUCUAUCAUCCAUUAUCAGAAUAGCAGGAAAGAACCCAACAGACUUCAUCGCAGCAUUUGAUGAGCUGCUGGAGUACUGUGCUGCACCUGAGAACUUGUCCCAAAUUGAGGAAGAGCUGCAGACAAGGGGGGUGCCAAUGCUGUCUUUCUAUGAUGUCAUCCUUGACUACGUGCUGCUUGAUGCGUUUGAUGACUUGGCCACGCCCCCGUACUCUGUUGCCACAGCGAUACAGAACCGUUGGUUAUCUGCUAGUAUAAAAGAAACGGAACUGCUUUGUUCUUACAAGCUUGGAAUAUCGGCUCGACUUCUUUACCUGGUGCGGUGGUUGAAAACUUUAUAGUUUAAGGAAAAGGCUACAAAACCAGCAUCAUCAUCAGGGAAUUGUCGAGGCUCUGCACUUCUAUUCUCAUUAUGAUGUUACAGAGCAAAAAUCAAAAAAUAAAAGCUUUAUUUAUGAUAGCUAAAAUACGGAAUUGUACUCCUAUACGAGCGAACACCACAAGGCAAACAACAUGGACAGUCAAGGUGAGUUUCAAUUGAAAAUAGUGUGAAUAGAAUAUAUGAAUCAAAACGUAACUCCUGUCAUAUUCCUUUUAAGUGUAAUUCUUUUUGUUUGCCAAUUUUUUUUAUAAUAAUCCUCAAACAAAACGAUUUUCGUCGUUUUACAACUUCUCUGAUUUUCCCGGUGUCACUAUUCAAUCAUCUUGCUGCCACUGUGUUUUUAAUUGGCUGAGAGAUCAAUUUCUUGAACGCUGAUUGGAUGCUUUUUUGGCGCUGUUCUGUUAUAAUCGUAAAAGAAACUUUGCCUCAAUACAAAUAAGAAAAAUACAUCUACAAAUCAAGACUUAUCUAUCUAGCUCAGGUAAGAACGACCUUGAUGACUCAUGUAUACACAGUUGUGUUGGUAAAACUAUGCAUCAUUAAGCUUAUUUAAUUGAGAAUUCAUUUGCUAUUUAUUGGCAAAAGUGUGAGGAAAACAAAAAGCAUUUCGAAAUCAUCCUUGAAAAGUCUUUCUCUUUUCUUUAUCUCCUGUCUAUGCUGUUUUUUUUUUGUCCCAAAGUUUAUGUUAAAUACACAAAACGUCAAAAUGUCUUUCUUUCUUUCUUAUAUAAAGUCAAUAUUGAUCUGUUGUCUGUUUCUGUUUGGUAAGGAUACUAAUCUAAUCAAUCUUCUAAUCAUCUAAUCAAUAGUUUUCCUCUAUGUUUAUUCGACUCAUGUUUUUAGAAAAUUAGAAAAUUGAAAUAACAACGAACGAUUUUUUUCUGAUUCAGGUGAACUGUUAAUACCCAAAAGCCACGAUGUGAGACUGAAUGAAGACAUGGAUGAUGAGCAGCAUAUUAACCAAAUUAUUUAGCUUUCCUUUCUCCCCUUUAAAAUAUGUUUUUCCUUUUCAAUCAAUCUGCAUUCUUCCCCUAAGAAAAAUAUUUUUGAUGUUUGGUUGAUAUUGCCCUAAAAUUUUAGCAACUUAAAUGAACAAAACUGAUUUCUUUUUCCUUUUUAAGGGGGGGGGGGGGGGGUUGUCCCAAGUGCUAUGCUCUGUUCAUUCUUUUGUGGGAUUCAAGCUACUUAUGAGUAGCAAUAAUUUGAUUCACUAUUUAGCAUCCUUUGUGCAUUUAAGAUAUUAUAAAAUAGAUACAUUCAAGUUUAUUCAGAACCUACAUUUCUGCGUCUGCGUAAAAUUGCUGUUUACCAUUCCCAUUUACUCAAAAAGACUCCCAUAAAAAUAGAAGGGGAUGAUCAAUCUCAACCCUAAGGGAUAACACUUCGGGUGUGGUCAGUAAUUCCUACCCCCAUAAGGUAGCACAUUAGGUGCGGUCAAGCAAUUUCUUUCUCUAAGCAUUUUGAACACUCCCUAAGGAAAAGCAGUUAGCAUAAUUUCUUACCCUUAAGAUAGGACAAAGAACCCCAUCUGACUAUUUUAGGAGGAGCCCUCCCCCUCCUUAAUGGAUGCUGUCAAAUGUGAUUUCUCUUUUCUUAUCUAUGCUAACUUUGUCUGGGGUUUUAAUUGGGAGGUUAACAUUUAAGAAUGAUAUAACUGUGCUGUUAGACUGAAGUAGGAAAAGGAUAGGGAAUUGUAAUAUUUGUAUUUACAAAGAUUUGUAGUUGCAUCUUCCAGCAAUUUGGUACCUGUACCUGUACUGUAUUUCAAAAAUGGUUUAAAAUUUUUCAUAGGUAUUUUUGGGCGCAAAAUGUUGGGCUCUCUUGCCGCAAACAUCUACUGAAGUCUCUUGAUCUUCUAAGCUGUACUCAACAAAAAAACUGAGUAAUGAUGUACAUGGCAAGGCACAUAUAUGUUAGAUUAUUUGAUUAUAGAAAUGUAAAAUAGGAAAUAUCUCUUCAGUAUCAGUUUUCUAACAAAUGAAGCUACACAGAGCACUGUUAAUAAA